CCUGUCCCUACCUAGUAUAAUUAUUACACUACUGUCCAGAUAAUCAGAUAUACAAUGAGAUUGCGACCACAUGGCGUUACCAUCUGAUCAAACAGCGAAAAUAAUCGAUGGAAAGGCGGUUGCUCAUACCAUCCGAUUAGAGAUCGCUGAGGAAGUUCGGCACCUAUCUGAGAAACACGGCAAGGUCCCGGGACUAGCGGUGGUCAUAGUUGGGGCAGGGUUAGAUUCAGAGACUUAUGUGAAUAUGAAGAGGAAAGCCUGUGAUGAGGUUGGGAUAAAAUUAUUUGAUGUUGACCUACCUGAGGAUGUUUCUGAAGCUGAUCUUAUCAGCAAAAUUCAUGAACUCAAUUCAGAUCCGGAAGUCCAUGGUAUAUUAAUUCAACUCCCAUUGCCUAAGCAUAUCAAUGAGGAGAAUGUUUUGGGUGUAAUUAGCAUUGAUAAAGACGUUGAUGGCUUCCAUCCUUUGAAUUUUGGCAAGCUAGCCAUGAAAGGUAGAGAACCCCUCUUCCUUCCAUGCACCCCAAAGGGAUGUUUGGAACUCUUAGUGAGAAGUGGCAUAAAGAUAAAGGGGCAAAGAGCAGUUGUAAUAGGUCGUAGUAACAUUGUUGGUCUCCCCGUUUCACUUCUACUUCUCAAGGCUGAUGCUACUGUUACAACUGUACAUUCUCACACCAAGGAUCCUGAGGCUAUCAUACGCGAUGCUGACAUCGUUAUCGCUGCAGCUGGACAAGCCUGCAUGAUCAAAGGAGACUGGAUAAAGCCAGGGGCUGCAGUAAUGGACGUUGGUUGGUUGGAGAUGUCUAUUAGUAGUCCCGUUGCAGCCAGCGAGCUGAGCAGGACAUCAUCAGGAUACUGGUUGGCUGGAGAUGUCGAUUUCACAGAAGCUUCUAAGGUUGCAGGUUUCAUAACUCCAGUCCCUGGUGGUGUAGGUCCGAUGACAGUGGCAAUGCUGCUCAGGAACACCUUAGACGCCGCCAAGCGGGCCAUUGGCCCGUAAAUAUUAUCCCUUCUCUGUGUGUGACAAUGAAAAAGAUUUGAGUUUUAUUCAUUUCAGAAAUUGUGUUCUCGGCUUUGAUGACUUAUCUGUCACUCAAAACAUUAUCUACGUAACUUCUCUUAGAAUUGCC